AUGAAUCCCACUGGCCUGGGGGUUUUCAGAAUGGGAAAGAUAGCUGAUUUACACAUAGAAUCUCCAGCUUUAACGAACGUGCGCAGUUCAUUGACCUCAAAUGCUGCUGCAAAUGGUCACUCUGAAGCUGGACGCCCACUGGACACGGAGAAGGUGCCUGAUGCUCAAAACCAUGGACCAGCAUCGGUCAGUGGUCAUGAUGAAUUGGGUUCUCGAUAUACCUAUCUCAGAGGGAUUCCUUUGUAUAAUCUCAUCACAGCUCUGAUUGUGGGAAUGCUUCUCCUUGGCCUGGAUAUGAAUGUGGUCGCAACAGCCGUUCCCACAAUCUCGGACUACUUUGACAGUUUUAAGGAUGUGAAUUGGUAUGGUUCAGCCUUCCUUCUGGCUCGUAAGGUGGCCCUCCGAUGUUCCGUAUGUGCAACGCAACCGCUUGCAGGCAAGAUGUAUACUGUAUUCCCCUUGAAAUACCUGUAUGUCAGUUUUAUGGCCCUCUUUGAGCUCGGAAAACUCAUCUGUGCGCUCUCAACAUCAAGCAGCAUGGUCAUCGCUGGUCGGACUGUUGCAGGGUUCGGGGCUUCGGGCCUUUUCAAUGGAGCAGUCGUUAUUCUGACGGCGUGCUCCCCUCCCAAGACUCGACCUCUUGUAACUGCUUGUGGAAUCUCUAUGAUCGCAAUAGGGGUAUUGUUGGCCCACUGCUCUGUUCUCGUCCAACUUCCCAGAAAGCUCGAUCCCUUGGGCUUUGCGCUCUUCGCCAUUGCCUCUACCAUGUUUCUGACUGCCAUCAACUGGGUUGGAGCAACGGGUGGAGCAACCUACCCCUGGAGCUCGGCAAAAGUGAUUGGUCUUCUCUGUGGAAGUGGUGGUAUACUGGCACUCUUCAUCACAUGGGCUAUCCAUCAGGGUGAUGAGGCCUUAAUUCCACCUCAUAUUCUUCGCGAGCGAAAUCUUUUCUUUGGCCGCUGGAUCUCCGGUCUGCAAGGUGGUGCCACCAUCAUGGUGGGUUACUACCUACCUUUGUGGUUUCAGGCUGUCAAGGGAGCCUCGCCAACCGAUAGCGGCCUCAUGAUGCUGCCGACAAUGAUAAGUCAGAUCCUAGGUUUACCGACGUCGGGCGCACUUGUUCGCAAGGUCCAUUACGUUCCACCUUGGGCAAUCAUUGGCAGUGUGACGACAGCAGUCGGAUCUGGACCCAUGACCGCAUUCACAGCAGAUACGAGCAAGGGAAAGACUAUCGGUUAUCAGGUUAUUACAGGGUUCGGACAGGGUGCAGCAUUAAACAUGCACAAUGCAAGGCCUGACAGCAUUUUCUAUCCCAUCGUCGCAAGCCAAGAAUAUUUAAGCAGCGACGCCAUUGCUAUUGCCAGUUCUGCUAUUGCGCUGUGUCAAUAUCUGACUGGGUCCGUUGCCAUCUCCGUGGCGCAGGCCAUCUUCCAGAAUGGCUUGACCCCAGCUCUGGAAAAGUACGCGCCAAAUGUUGAUGCAGCAUUCAUCCUGGAUGCCGGCGCACAGGAUAGGCCGAUGUUUUGCCUACUGACCAGCUUCCCGGAGUUCGAUGCGCGUAUAAUGAAGCAUUGGUCAAGAUCUUUGUGA